UAGAGGAGCGCGCCGUGCUGGGGGUGCGGGGCACACAUCCCCAGACGGGUGCAGAGGACAAGGACAGGGAGGAACGCGCUCAGAUCGCGCUCAGAGCCAACGAGGGGCUCGCGCCGGCCCCGGCGCGCGCUUGGGGAGCGGCCCGGGGGCGCCGUGGGAGCCGGCGGCAGCGAGGAUGCCGGCGCGGGGACGCGGCUGCCGGCUGGGGGUGUGAGCGUGAAGGCAGCGCUCAGCCCGCUCGGCUUCUGCAUCCGUGCCGCCCCCUCCCUGCGGGCCUCGGAGGAAGCCCCCGGCUCCACGCGGAGGCGCCUCGGAUCCCAGCUUCGGGGCGGCGGGCCCGAGCGGCCGGCUCCAGCCCAGCGCGAGGGAGAAGAUGCCUUUCCAUCAUGUGACCGCCGGCCUAUUGUACAAGGGCAAUUACCUCAACCGGUCCCUCUCUGCUGGCAGUGACAGCGAGCAGCUUGCUAAUAUCUCUGUGGAGGAGCUCGACGAAAUCCGAGAGGCCUUUCGGGUUCUGGAUCGAGAUGGGAAUGGCUUCAUCUCCAAGCAGGAACUGGGAAUGGCCAUGCGUUCUUUGGGGUACAUGCCAAGUGAGGUGGAGCUGGCCAUCAUCAUGCAGCGCCUGGACAUGGAUGGGGAUGGCCAGGUGGAUUUCGACGAAUUCAUGACAAUUCUCGGUCCCAAACUGGUGUCUUCAGAAGGUCGGGAUGGUUUUCUUGGAAACACAAUAGAUAGCAUAUUCUGGCAGUUUGACAUGCAAAGAAUAACUCUGGAAGAAUUGAAGCACAUCCUCUAUCAUGCCUUCCGGGACCACUUGACGAUGAAAGAUAUUGAGAACAUCAUCAUCAACGAGGAGGAGAGCUUGAACGAGACCUCGGGGAACUGCCAGACAGAGUUUGAAGGAGUGCAUUCCCAGAAACAGAACAGACAGACGUGUGUCCGGAAGAGCCUCAUCUGCGCCUUCGCCAUGGCCUUCAUCAUAAGCGUCAUGCUGAUUGCGGCCAAUCAGAUCCUCCGGAGCGGCAUGGAGUAGCAGCCUCGUGCCACCGCGCUGCUUCCCAGCUCAUUGCGCAUGUGCAUGCCCUGCGGGCAGACUCUUCCUCCACAAACGCAGAUAAGGAUGAUGCAGACCUGGCACAGUUCAGUGAAGAACCCUCGGUUGCAGUGCAACCGGUGUUGCAAAUCAACUUUAUCUCCUUGGCAGGGACACAAAAGGGCUGUCUUAAAUGCUUUACUGGUUUUGUUUCCUAAUGCAAUAAAUAGCCAGGCGUUCUGAAGGAUCGCUUCAACCACCUGUAGUAACUCCGAAGGGAAACUUCAUUUUCAUCUCGGAAUUCCAGUGACCAUACAGGUUGGUGGUGUGAGAGAACUGGAGAGAGACGUGAACACGCAGGCACCUCCGUGCCCCAGUCUUUCAACCCCAGGGUCAGCUGGAGAAGCCACCCCCUGAGGCAACCCUCAGUCCCAAGAGGUUGACUUCUGUGUUACUACCGAAGAGGGAAGAGGGGGCUUUCCAUCUCGCCUGGCUUCCUUCCUCCACCCAGUGGAGACCACCCCCAAGGCAUGAGGGGAGAGCCAUCGAAUGGGGUGCAGCGCCUGGUGUUCUGCAAGUCUCACCCCUUCGCUUCCGUUCUGCCUUUCCCCAGGACUCUUGGCAGGGUUGGGGAGCUCUCACUUUCUGUCAGCACCUGGCUUUCUGUUCCUAGAGCCCACGCGCACCAGCAUUUUGAAAUCUGCAGAGGGCCUCCUCCCAGCUUUGCCGCCUGUGCUGCCAUUAGAGGACAAAGCAGCAUCCUCGUGGGCAUCUCUGUAACACAGAUGCGUGGACAGACACGUGCAUCCCGCCUCUUCGCUUCUUCGUGUGAGACUCAUUCUUCCCUGGUCGCUCGCUCGCUCGCUCGCUCCCAUUAUCUAGGCUUCCUCCUCUGACAUGCAGCCCUGGCCUUCUUGGGGCAGGCUGUUUGUCUGGGGAGCAGUGAGGAACUGAGACUGGCGAUGAGGAGCUGUUGCCUCCCACCAGUCGUCAGGAAGAAAGGCACCCACAUCUCCAUGCUAGAGACCUCUGUAAGUUAAGGUCUUCAUGCACCUUACCGUUUUCUCAUCUUAAAGUCGCUUUGUUAGUCUUCCCCAGCUAAAAAGAGAAAUAUAAUCCAAAGCAGAAAGAUGGAAAGAUCGUGCUGUGGUAUCAAACAAAACAUCUUUUGGCAUUCAGAGUCUGCCACUGAUUCGUUUUCAGGAGAAAACAAACGUUGAUAAGCUUUGCCAACGCACCAGGUAAUUUGCUCCUGCCUGUACAAUACUUUGGUUGGGGAAGAGAACUGAAUCCAGUGAUCCAUUUUCAACACCGCUUGAAGUCUGUAAUUCCCUGCCUUCACCCUCAUGCCUCUCAGUCACCACUGUUCAGUCAAGCUUGCAUAGUCCGAUUAGCCAGUAAUCUUAUAGAUGUAAUAUUGCCCUUUGUACUUUUCCAAGCUCAGGUCUUUAUUUCUGUAAUGGAAUUGUCCUGAUUCUCUUUCUCCAGAUUGCACCCUAAAGCUCUAUGCUUUCUCCCUGCUGCCCUCCCGCCCUCCCUGUGUUGGGCACCAGAACCUUCCCUCACUCCAUGCAGCCAGCAGGUAGGGUUUGCAUGCAGUAUGUAUCCCCAGAGCCCUUCUCAAGCUCGCCCCACCCAACCACCUCCCCGUCCUCCCGCUGCCUUCAUAGACUUGGAGCAUCCAAGGUCUCGGUUUCGGGUCUUCUUCCAGUUCAUGUCUCCAAACUCUUCCAGCUAUAGUCUGGGGGCAGCUGUAGAAACUUCCCCACUGGGGGAGAUCAGAAUAUUCCUGAUGAGCACAAGUAAAACUAGGGUUUGAGCCAUAGUAUGAAGAUGCGGGCAGGUGGGAGCCCAGGGGGUUGAGCGUCCCUCUGAACACUCCUGGGUCCCAAGGUCCAAGCCAAGGAAGGCAGCAGCCCGCAAAUCUGCCUCUCUCCUCCUCCUUCUGCCUGACUCCGCCAUCCCUCGGGACUGGAAUCCUGAACUAGAACAGGACCCGACACAGAGUAGUGACACUUCUGGGAACUUGAUCCUCACUCUGCCCAAAGCAGUGUGCCCCCCUCAUCUCAACUGGACUGGAGUAGAAGGACACCUGAACUUGCUCCUGGAGAGGCGUGUGCAGAACCCAAAGCAGGCUGGACAGAGCACCCCGAAGGAUUCUCAGAGAAGCCUGCCUCAUGAGAGAGUUGGACUCCAGGACCACAAUGUGAGCCUGUCUUUCUGCAAGUUCUUCUGACUUCCAAGGGAGAAAUGAGGCCCAGAUGGAUGGGGCAUUAGUCUUCACCAGAAGAGAGAUUAGCCACUGUGAAGGGUGGAGCGUAGGAGGCGUUCCAGAGAGACCCCAAUAGCCUGUUCCUACAGAGUCCUAGCAUUGUCUCCCUAAACAGGACCUUUUCCUCUCGCCUGGUGAUGGGGCAGCAAGCCCAACCCCAGGAGCAGAUCUAGGAGACUGCAUCCCUGUGGGGAUAGCUUGAGGAAAAAGGGUGAGAAGAAAGCCACAGAAAGAAACCUCUGCUGGGCCGGAAGCUGAACUGCUACCGUGGUAAUAUCACAGGUGUUACCCAAGGACUGAAGGCUGCAGAGACAGCCCAAAACUGAUGCUGCUCACAUCUGGAAGGCUGACAGCUUGUCCUCACGAGACAUGCCUGGCUGCUUUACCUGCACAGUCUGACGAAGAUGGUGGCCUUCUUUGUUAGGUGGCUUAAGAGUUGACUUCCCCCGCCUCCCAAUCCUGUCUUCACCAGUGCUGGCCAGGGCCUACACCAGCAGCACCCUCCCCAGGGUUGUGACUCACUCGGAUGAAGACUCCAGGGUGUCCUGGUCCUCCGUGCCCCAAGCUGUGCUGUGUGGCCCCGGCUGGAGGUGACCUCUGCAGAACAGGGAGGGGGGAGCCUAAGUCCCAGCUAACAGACUCAGGAGUCUAUUAUAGGGUGACUGGGUGAUUGGCAAACUUGGCUUGGCUCAUUCUUGCUGCAAGAAUGGGUGAAGACCACACAAGUGAUGAUCAGGGAGGCAUCUUGCUUGGGAGAUCAAGGGAAGCUGACUCUGAUUCCCUUGGCUCCCAAAGAAGCUGGUGCCCAUCACUCCAGAAGCAGGCAGAGCCCCCAAACAGAACCCAGCAUGGGAACUGUUAGCAGUGGCUUCCAGAAUGUGCGUGGGUCCCACGUGACCAAUCUGUAAAAAGAGGGAUAUUGCCAUGGCAACCCUUGCAUUCCACCCCGAGUUUGCCAAGGCACACAAAAAUAGGGAACAUUUUCUUAAAGAACACUUGGGCUCUGCCUGAUUGCAGCCUGACUCCCGCAUCCAUAUCCCGCUAGAGGGGGAAAUUACCCUCCAAGAAUCUGGUAGAUUCUUGGCCUUUUCCUCUUGUGUUUGAACUUGUCCUUCCAUUUCCCCAGGAGAACAGAAGCUACCUGUGAGCUGGAUAGCUGACCCCUCCACCCCCACACCUCUUCUCUCCCCACCCCUGGGGCCCAGAGCCAAGGCCCCUUAAUCUGGGCUAAAAGGCAGAAAUAUCAUCUGGAAGGCAGAAAAUAUUUUAAGCCUCAAUCUUUAAAAGCAUCUGCUUGCCUGUUGAGAAGCUCUCCCACAAGCCAGAAAUGUGAACUGAAGUGAACUGAAAUUUACAGUGGUCUUAGGCAAGCCUCGUGGCUUCAGAAGUUUCUAGGCAUUUUAUUUGCCGAGAGCAAGAAAUAUAGUACGAGUCUUCUUUCGUAAUACCUGCUCCUGUCUUGGAUUUCAUAUGACAGAUGGUCUACUAUCUUGUGGUUAGCCAAAAGCAUCUAGUAGGAGAGAUGGGAAGCUCAUUUUGACAAUAAUUCCCUCCCACCUCCCAUCCACAGAAUCAAAAAGUGAUGGCUCUAAGAACUGGGAGAGAGAUUUAUCUUUUAUUCCAAAUACCUUCUUUAGGCUUAAGUCCAGAACCAGGUCAUAAAUCAAAGAGAGUUUUGCUUUUAACCUUUAGCUAGCCACGUCCCUGGACCAUAGGAGGGCAAGACCAAAAGAUGAAAGACAUGAACUUGCCCACAGUUCCUUGGGUUGAGUUGGACUGGUCAGGGGUGGCUGCAGGCUGGGAAACAGUGUUUCUGCUCCACCCUUACACUCCAUCGCCUGGAAGCUGCUGAGCUCUACUCUUCCCAGCUGGGAGGUCCAACCACAUUGGGUUGGUUGACUGCACUUUUUCUCUGCAGACCUGUAGUGAUAGUGUUAUUCACCUGUCCCACUGACACAGAGUGGGAAUGUGGAACCCUGCUGCUAGGUGGGGUCUGCCCAUUUACUAUAAUGUGGGAUGAUACACAUGGCCCAAGCCUACAUGUCCAGACAUGGGCACAACUGGCUGCAUUACCAGUAGGACUGCAGAGCUACCUCCCCUAGAAAAUGCCCGUCUGAAAGGACUUCCUUUCAGAACUUUCUCCCUGGUCUCUCCAGUAACCCGCCCAGGGCUAACAGUCUGCAACCUGGAGGCCCUGUUGUAACCAUCCUCCCUUACCACCUCAUUGCUCCACUCUCCCAGGCAGGAAAGUAGUCUAUCAGAAAUAGAAGAGAAACAUUAUUCAGCAGUUAGGGUUUUCAACUUGAAUUAUUUCAAGCAAUGGCAAGAGAGAAGAGGAUUUGAACUGCCUCUUACAGACCCUGUCUCCAUGACAAUUUAAAUGUCAGAACUGUUCAGUGUCACUUCAUACUUCCGUGGCUAAGUCACUCAAGGGACCAUUCUUGGUCUUGUGGCUUUGCCAUAGAUACUUGGUUUGGAGGAAUAAGGCCAAGCACACAUGGCAGCCCAACAUUUCUCUUAGUAUCCCAUGCUUGUUACUGCUGCAUCCAGUCAUUGUGACAGCUAUGGUUUCUACUUAAUAUUGGUUCGGGGCCCUCUUCGUAUGGCCUCCAAGGACAUGCUGCCAGUGCUCCAGAAGUCUUCAAGGUAGAGUACAUUUGAUCAGUUGACUUGAAAUAUAGCCGCCAUGAGUCAGGUUUUGCUAUUCCCUUAACGACUCCUUCGGAAUCUGGACAAGAUUUGCCACCUUUCUGCCCCCAGGUCCUACGUUGAGUACUCUGCAAGGUAAGCCCAUGUACUCCCCUGCUGGGGGUAGCCCUCACCUACCUUUUAGCCUUGAGUAUGAUAAGUCGACUUGCAAACCAGUGCUGCUCACACAGCUAGAAGGUAUCGUCCAAGACACCAAGACAGGGAGGCUGAGACUGGAAUUUUCCAGUGGAGUAGAAAAGCAGGCUGAGGAGGAAGGAAUAUUCCAAGGAUAUUCAAGUGUGAGGCUGCUCCAUCUCCAGACCUGAAAGGGAAAAAGAAAGCUCUUACAGGGCUGUAGAAGCUGGUCUCUGAGAACAUUCCCGUGUAUGUGGCCUACUUUGGGAACAGAGAGGGGCUCGAGUGCCAGCUGCCUGCCCCCAUGACACGCACCACCAACUUCAAGAGGAAACCAGUUGCUCAUGUUUCCUUGGGGGAAGCUGACAACUGUCAAGGCCGAAGUGCUUCUCCUGGGCGGUCUGAGUUCAGACCUGUAGAACUGACACCAGGAGAACAGAAUUCAGAUUCAGAAGUGCGGGCAACACCAUCUAUAGGACGGACACAAGUGGCGGGACUGCAGGUACCCCCGUCCCCAACAGCCAGAUAACCUCAUGGGUCUCCCCUUCCUGGCUUGGAGUCCUCAUCUUUACAGACCAAGGGAAGGUAGACGAGAUGACCCAGAAGAGCCCACGCAUGCUGUGACUCAGUUCCUCUGAAACAAGUCAGAACGAAAGCCCGCCCUUGAGAGGCCCGAUUCCCCAUGGGUUGUCUUGGGGACUGGCAGUUUCCUUUCUAACCCAAGUCCCAAGAGGCAGUGGCCACUGUCUGUAGACAAAACCUUGCAUAGACAAAACCUUGCACACUGGCUUAUGUGUGGUGCCUUGCUGGCCACAGGCUUUGUUUACUCCCUGAGUUUGCUGAUUCGAGGGAGCUUCACAGAUGGGUGUGGUGUCCUGUCCUGGUCCAUUUGAAAACUAAGGGGGUUUGCUCCCCUUCCCAUGGGUCACGUGCACCAGAAGUCACAUCUAAGUGGGGCAAAAGAAGCAAAGCCAGUUCUGAGCCAAGAGGCUUGUUUCUCCAUCUGAGAAAGCAAACUGGAAACUACUGAAUAAAGAGCACAACAACUUCA